AUGACUGUGGCACUGAAGGUGCACUUCUUCCUAUCUCUACUCUUUGCUGCCCUAUCCACCGCCCUCCCUUUCUCGAACAACGAUGCAGUUGCCACCAUCUGGACCUUCCCGAACGAAACAUGGGUCGAGAACCUGGCUGUCCGUCAGAACGGAGCAGUACUCUGUACAUCCAUCAGCCGCGCUGCAAUCUACCAGGUUGAUCCAUUCUCUCACGUAGCAGCCACGGUCCACCAAUUCGACAUAUUGGAUGGCGUGCUAGGCAUUGCAGAGAUCGAGAACGACAUCUUUGUCGCAGUAACGGCCACGAUCGAUCUAGCAACAAACAUGGCCAAGAAUGGGAGUGCGAAGAUCUGGCGGGUGGAUAUGUGUGCUUGGUCCUUGGGCGCUCCAAACCCAAUAUCCCUCAUCUCAAACCUCCCAGAAGUCGGCCUCCCAGACGGCGUGACCCCCCUCCCCACCGACCCCGGCGUCGUCCUCGUCGCCGACGCAGACAAAGGCCUCAUCUGGCGCGUCUCCACAACAACCGGCGCCCACACAAUCGCAAUCUCCGACCCAGCCUUCAAGUACACGAGCCCGCUGGUUCCCAUCGGCGUCAACGGUUUAAAAAUCCUGGAUGAUGAAUUGUAUUUUACCAACCUCGCCGCGAACCUCAUAGCCAGGAUCCCCAUCACCGCCAACGGAAGCGCGAGCGGUUCUGUGCAGAAAGUGUCGACGGAGACGUUGUUGCCGGACGAUUUCGCGUUGGCGGGGGAUGGGACGAUUUACGCGGCGGGGUAUAAUACGCUGUGGCGAGUGAUGCCGGAUGGGACGACGGAUGCUUUGGUUGGUGGGCCGAAUAGUACGGCCGUGCAGGGGAUUACGUCUGCGCAGUUUGGGAGGACGAGGGAGGAUGGGGGGGUGUUGUAUAUAAGUACGACUGGGGGGUUGCUGCUUGCGCCGGCGGGGGCGAGGGUGCAUGGGGGGCAGUUGUUGGCGGUGAAUGUUGGGUUGUUUGGUUGA